AUGAUCACCAAGCCUGAUGGGAUUCGAAAGUAUGUGAGGCUGGCGUGCCUCAUGGGUCUGUUCAUCACUGGCAUCGUCUCUCUGGACUGUAACUUGCUGAAUGUUCGCCUGAAGAGAGCCACCUGGCAGAAUCUGCAACUUCUGAGCAGGAUGAGCAAUUCAUUUCCUAUAGAGUGUCUACAAGAAAGAAAAGCUUUUCAGUUGCCCCAAGAGAUCCUCUCAUACACCCAGCCUCUGAUGAGGAACAUCAAGGAGGCCUUCUAUGAAAUGACCAGACAGGCCUUCCACAUCUUCACUCAAGACACCUUCCAAUCCACUUGGGAAGGGAAACAGCUGAGACAAAUCCAGAUCGGACUUGAUCACCAGCUGCAGUACCUGGAGCAAUGCUUGGAAGAAGAGGAGGAAAAUGAAGACGCAAGAGAGAGGGAAGAGCCUCUCUCAGCCAGAGAGGAGACUCUCAGGAGACCCUCAGGAGCUCCGGUCCUCCAGCCGAGCAACCUAGAACUGAGGAGCUAUUUCAACAGGAUAGACAGGUUCCUCAAAGAUAAGAAACACAGUCACUGUGCCUGGGAGAUUGUCCGAGUGGAAAUCAGAAGAUGCUUCUACUUCUUUCAGAAACUCACAGCAUUACUCAGGAGGAGAUAA